ACUGUAGAAUCAGUAGCUAGACAAAUCCUAAAUGUUAGUGCAACACAUCAAGCCAGAUUACACGGUCUCAUAAGCGAGGGAUGUAAAAUUAUCGGAUAUGUAAGGAAAUCUCCUGGAAAGGAAUCAACCACGACAAGACUUCGUCUUUUGGAAAGUAUGGUAGACAGGUUGAUGAAAGCUUCUUCCGUGGACAUGGUGUUUGGUUCAUACAGCUCUGCUUCAGAUGAACUCUUUGUAAAACGUGAUACCACUACAACCACCGUCAUCCCAAGGACUGAAGGGAACACCCAAGGUAAUACAGCAAAGUGUUACGAAGAUUCCAAUUUCAAUUGUGGCAAUCGACUUCGCUGGUUUAACAACAAACAAACCUGACUUGGUCCAAUUUCUUCGUGUUCAUAAGAAU